AUGUAUUCAGUUUUUCUAGCAGGUUAUGAUCUUAAAACUCCUGAUAAUCCUGAUUCAGAAGACCCUAAAAAGAAAUAUGGCAUUCAGAAGAAUAUAGAACUUGUGCAAGUCAAAGUCAUAAAAAUUGCAUUGCGAAAAGGCAGUAAAUAUGAUAAUCUUGCAAAAAAUUAUGGAGACUAUUUAAAGAAAUUGCAAGCUGAAAAGAAUCUGAAUAAUUAUAUUAAAAUACUUACAGUAAAAAUGUUUUUUAAGAAAAAAGCAUAUACUGAAAGGCUAGAAAAUUAUCACAAAAGGUAUAAAGAUAAUGAUCUAUAUAGUAAUUUAAAGAAAUUAUAUAAGCUUUAUUAUCAAAUAGCUAGGAAAGAGAAUCGUAAAAGAUCAGAUGAAGAAAUAGAGUAG